CGCUUCCGAUCCCCUUCCCGCAUCCUUCGCCUCUGCCCCUCCGCACACGCUCCCGUUUCCGCGACUCACGAGCACCACGAGCGCGCUCGAGCUUCCAACAAAUUCCAGCACUCUGGCACGGCACGGACCAACCCGGUUCUCCGCAUCUGACCCCUUCUCCCUCCUGCCAAGGCCGUCCACAAGCUCCGGCCUGCUUGUUCUUGGCGCGCUGUACGAGCUCCAUCACCGGAGCCACCUGCCGCACUGGAACCGAACGCGGCGGCAUUCCUCGCGCCGCGGAGCCAGGCAUAGGCAGCAUCAUGGGCGCGGGCGCGUCGGACCUCGCGGCACCGGCGGAGGCGCCGGGGUCCGGGCUGGGCGACAUGCCGGAGCUGUGCGCGGCGGAGGUGCUGCUCCGGCUGGGCGCGCCCGACAUAUGCCGGCUCGCGCGGCUCAACCGCGCGUUCCGCAGCGCCGCGGCCGCCGACUUCGUGUGGGAGGCCAAGCUGCCGGACAACUACGGGUACCUCAUGGGCUUCGUCCGUGGCGUCGCCGGGGAGGAGGACGGGGAACGGGGGCGGAAGAGGAGCGCCGUGGGGAAGAAGGAGGUCUACGCCAGGCUCGCCAAGGCCGUGCGGUUCGACGACGGCAAAAGGGAAUUCUGGUUGGAGAAGACCACCGGCAUGGUUUGCAUGGCAUUAUCCUCGAAAGCGCUGGUGAUAACGGGGAUCGAUGACAGGAGAUAUUGGGUUCACAUGCCAAACACAGAGUCUAGGUUCCAGUCGGUGGCGUACCUGCAGCAAAUCUGGUGGUUCGAGGUGGUCGGCGAGAUCGACUUCCGCUUCCCGGCGGGGACCUACAGCCUCUACUUCAGGCUCCACCUCGGGAAGCCUUCCUCUUCCAGGCACGCCGGCCGCCGCUGCUGCGGCUCCGACAAGGCCGGCGGCAGCGGCAUCCACGGCUGGGACAGGAAGCCCGUGCGGUUCCAGCUGUCGACUUCCGACGGCCAGAACGCCGUGUCGCAGCGCUACCUUGACGACGAGCCGGGGAGCUGGGCGCUGUACCACGCCGGCGACUUCGUGGUCGCCCCGGACGGCCGGCCGGUGAGGGUCAAGUUCUCCAUGGCGCAGAUCGACUGCACCCACACCAAGGGCGGCCUCUGCGUCGACUCCGUGCUCGUGUACCCCAGCGGAUUCCGGACAGAGACAGUGGUUGGCGCUCACAAGUGAGAUUAGUUGUGCGCUUCACCGUGUUCCUUUUUUGUAUUGUGGAGUAAAUAGCUAGAGAAAUAUGUCAAGUACGUACGUAGUAGAGUGCUAGCUUGAGGUUAUCCACCGGUUUGAUGUGUUUCCAUAUUGAAGUGAAGCUCUACAUUCCUACAAAUCAUGCUUAUUCAAGUUUCGUGAUCACUUCUUUUAAGUUUCA